AUGAAGCAAACACAAGAUAAAUCUUUUGAUUUUAUCCUAUGUAUUCAAAAAUUAUUAUCAUCUAUAUCAACUUUACGUAAAUAUUUAUCAAGUCUUACUGAUAUUCAACCAAAUACAUCAAUACAAACUGAAGAAUCAAUUAGAAAACUUAAAGCUAUAAAAGAUACUAUUAUCAGUCUUACACCAGCUGUUGAGACAGCAAGUCAAUUGGACCCGACAUCAACGCUUGUCAAACAUCUGUCUAACGAAUAUUUAUGUCUGUGUAAUGACUAUAAAAAACAUUAUAAUCUUACAAUGGCUAAUACAGCCAUUUUUAAGGAAUACAAACAAUCAAUAGAAGAUUUAUCUGUUUGGUUGACAUCAACAAAUGCUAAUAUUCAACAAGUCUUACAAUCAGUCAAUAAACAACAAACAUUAUGUAUAAUUAAAAAUCUUGAUGAAUUAAACAAGUAUGAAUCAUUAUUAAAACGAGUUACAAUACUCAAUCAAAUAAUGGCUGUAGAUUUGCCUGAUACACAAGCACAAGAAAUGAUAAAUGAAAUUAUUAACAUCAAAGAACAAUGGGAAAUUCUUCUUGACAGAUUAAAUGCACUUAAUGAAAGGUUAAUUUAA